UGACGUCAGAGACUGAGCGAGAGAGAAAUCGGGGUGUGUGAAGUGGUGUGGUGAGCAGUGGAUUUAGCGUUUACAUUUAUUUAUAUUAAUCCUAAAUUCCUCUAUUCUACAGAGAUCCCUUGAGUGCCUCCCAGUUCCUCUGCCACUUUGCUCUGCAGAAUCAUUCAAAUGGAGCCAAGACACUCAGCCCAACUUGGUACUAAAAUACACCAGUGCGACCAGUGCCCAUACAGCACGGAUCACACUGGAAGCUUGAGGCAGCACCAGAGAACACACACAGGGGAGAAACCAUUCAAGUGCACUGUGUGUGGGAAGGCGUUUGCACUGUCAUCAGAUCUUCACAGACACCAGAGAACACACACAGGUGAGAAACCCUUCAAGUGCACUCUGUGUGCAAAGGCGUUUGCACGGUCAUCAGAUCUUCAAAGGCACCUGAGAAUACACACGGGAGAGAAACCCUUCAAGUGCAGUGUGUGUGAGAAGGCAUUUGCACGGUCAUCAGAUCUUAAGAUCCACCAGAGAACACACACAGGAGAGAAACCCUUCAAGUGCGCUGUGUGUGGGAAGGCGUUUGCACUGUCAUCAGAUAUUCACAGACACCAGAGAACACACACAGGAGAGAAACCCUUCAAGUGCGCGGUGUGUGGGAAGGCGUUUGCACUGUCAUCAGAUCUUCACAGACACCAGAGAACACACACAGGAGAGAAACCCUUCAAGUGCACUCUGUGUGGAAAGGCGUUUGCACGGUCAUCAGUUCUUCACAACCACCGGAAUAUACACACCGGAAAGAAACCCUUCCAGUGCACUGUGUGUGGGAAGGCGUUUCGACAGUUAGGGAUUCGAAACAGGCAUCAAAAGAUUCACAAGGAAAUUAAUCAGAACUUGACAUGUGAAAGUCAACGUUCUGGAAUGAGCUCAUACCUCAUAAAACAAGAAUCAGAAAAACAUUCCAGAUAUGAAACGUGGCCAGGAGUGAAGGUGAAAUGUCAAGAAGCAAGAAUAAAAUAUCAAGAAGUGAAUGUGAAGAGUGAAGAAGUGAAGGUGAAAUGUGAUCUGAUGGUGAAGCGUGAAGAAGUGAAUGUGAAAUGUGAACAUGUAAAUUCAACUCCAAAAUCCGACCAUCACAUCAAUGGAAGCAGUGUGAAACAGGAGGAGAAUUCUGACUCUGAGGCAGAGCGAGGCCACCAUCAGCAGUUUGUGGAUGUGGAGGUGUGGGUGGAAUUUUCAGGCAAUACAGAAUCAAAUGGAGACCAGAUAGAUGUGUCACCUUGAGCUUGAGACAAAGAAGCUCCAUUUCAUCCACAUUAUUCACUGGUUUUUCUCAUUACAAAUGUGUGGAGUUGAAGAUUUUACUCCAAGGUUCAACUUCCAAGUUGUCGAUGGAGACAGCAUGAAGCUGGAGAGGUUGGACUCUUAAGGGAGAGUGAGAUGAACCCCAGCAGGUUGUGGAUGUUGAUGUGGACUCUUUGGACAAUGCAGAAUAGGAGCAGCCAGAAUGUGUCGACCUGCAGGUUGGGAAGGCCUAUAUACAGGAGCACGAGACAAACAAACCUCUAUAGCAUUCACCUUUUAUCAUAAUAAUCUUGACAUGUAUAUGGUGCUGACAUAAAUAUAUGCAUAUUUUACUUUCGCAUUUUACAUAUCCAACAAUGCAUAUGGGCUAGAGACUGCCAGUAGGGUGGGGAGAUGAUUCAUAUGUAAUCCCAUUUGGGUUAUUUGUGGCAAAUUUUUCUAAUUUAGCAAAAUUUUGGUGAGCCAAAGUUUUUUAAACAUCCACUGUAAAGCAGAUGACACAUUUUUGGUUAAUAUUUCUGCAGUAAUCAUAAGGGCUGCCUGACAGAUUUGAACUGUGAACCUCUUCAACAAAGAUCAAACGUGCUACCAUUUGGCUUCUCUCAUUCUGAGAAUGCAUGCAGGUGUAGGCAUCAUCGAGUCAAAAAUAUAUUUGCAGUGAACACUAUGUAAUGUGAUUACAGUAAAUCAAUAUUGUCGCUAUGUCUUUUGAGUACUUAGAGUUAUAAUUUGAUGAACACAUUAUUAAAAAAAUUACAUAUCCAGCAAAAACUGAUCUCACAUCCAUGGGAAAUGGAUAGUGCUGGUUAAUAUAUUUGCAGUGAACACUAUGUAAUGUGAUUACAGUAAAUCAAUAUUGUCGCUAUGUCUUUUGAGUACUUAGAGUUAUAAUUUGAUGAACACAUAUUAUUAAAACAAUUACAUAUAGAGCAAAAACUGAUCUCACAUCCAUGGGAAAUUGAUAGUGCUGGUUAAUCAAUAUGCCGGUUAUUUGAGAGUUAUACUUAUGGUUCAUCAAAUUUUCCAAGUACAUGACAUUUUUAAAGAAAUAAACUAACCAUACCUUUUAACUAUGAUAUAAGAAAUACUCUACUCUUUUACCGAGGUACUCACCAGUCAGUUGUAAAGCAUCCCAAGUUGAUUGUCGAGAAGCAGUGGGGCCUUUUAGGGUAUAUUAUACAUUAGUACAGUACUGUGUAUACAGUACAUACAGCGCAGUGAAGCAAUUAGGUUGGGCAGCACACAACGCGAUCAGAAUGGCAGAUAUUUUCAAUUGUGACUGCUAGCACCACCACUCGCAUGAUAAGGUGACAUGUGGACCUUUAUGGCAGAAAAAUCUAAUGCAUGUCUCUAAAUGUGGAGGGAAAACCCGGAGAACCCAGGGAAAAAUCCAUACUACCACAAGGAGAGAGAUACAUGCAAACUCCAAAUAUAAAGUAGGCGUCAGGGUCGAGAUCAAACCCACCACCACCUGCACACCAGGAGAGAGGUAGUUAACAUCUCGCCACUGCGUCAUCAUUUAGUUGUGCUUUUUUGGCGUGUUAAUAAAGUGGUGCUGUUAUUGCCUAGUAGUGUAGUAUAUAGUGGUGUAGUGUACAGUAGUGUAAUUGUAACGGUGUGGGUGUGUACAAGCGCUUUCUAGCCCGGGUGAGCCGAGGUGACUGAGGUUACAUGAGGUAAUGGGGGGGUGAGCAGUUAUGGGGGGAAUAAUUUGCUAAGACCCUCAACGAUGCCAGAAGCAACGACGCCACUAAGUCUGGCUUUGAUUGGGGGCAGGACAUGAAUUGGCCAGUCCGGGCAGGCCAGUUGGCGUGGGGUGAGAGUCGGUGGGGCUAUAUGUGAUUGAAGGCUAGUGUUGCCAAGAAAAUCAGGUUAAAUAUAACGAAUUUACGAGGUUCUGAUUGGAAGACGCUGUACCUGCCAAAUUGAUUCACAGGGCAUGAGGGGCGAGAGAUAGAGGUAGGCGACAUAGCAACAGGCAGCCGAUUGCCGACGAGGGAGGGUAGAGAGAGAUGCUGUGAGGGUGGGAUACAAUGUUAGUAUUCAGGUGAAUGCUAUGCGUGUACAGGAGGUGGUGUUUGUCGGGACCUGGGGGGGACUCCCAAGGUGGGGGCAGUUACUAGGGGACGCUGAUGUAUGCGUCAUUGUGGGCGCCUUUGCAGUUGUGUGGACUGCUUGGUGCGCGGUGCUUCUGCUGAGUGGAGUCACUGUGCAGUGCUACAGGGAGAGCCGAGUUGGUGCUUUGGUCGGCUGUUGAGCGAAGUUGCUUAGAGCGCUGUUUGGAAGCUCCACAAUAAAUGCCCCAGACUUCAACUGCGUCAAGUUGUUCAACGCGCUGUUGAUAACUCCAACCAAGUCCCUAAACUGCAACUGUGUUGAAUUUCUCAGAGUGCUGUUGAAGAUGCCAGCCAAGUUCUGAGACUGCCGUUAUGUUCCCUUCAAUUUCAAGUUCAUUUAUUAGGUAUAGCCCUGAGCCAUUCGCCUCUUGAAUCGGGUGCAACCGCAAAAAACUAAAAACAAAACAUGAUCAAGAAAACAUCUUAAAGUGACUAUGUGACUAUGUGCAAACAAAAAAUCCAAGAAAAUACAGCAAAAUAUUGCAGAAAAAGCACCGUACACAAACGCUGUGUGCAAAAAUCCCAGUGGGAUGCAAGUCAAACAACAACAGCAACCACAAGACAACUUAGAUUAAGGCCAUCAGUCUAACUUCCAUACUACAACAAACAUGG